UACACGACGGCGGUCGCCCGCCGACCGAAUCAGACGCGUUUCGGCAUUCGCACGUUUACAAACAAAUCGCUGCGCGACCAACCCCAAAACACAUCUUAUCAUCAAAAAUAAUAUUAAUAUUAUUUCGAAAAGCUGACAUUUACUAAAAAUUACUAAUUAAUUAUUGAAAGUGGCGUGAUUUAUUUUUUUAAACUAAAAGUUUGAGUGAGUGACACUCACUGAAGAAGAACCUGAAGGACGACUUCGAGUUGAGUUUGUUUGCAAAACUAACUUUCGAGUGUUCGGAUUGAGAGCAAAGUGAUUGUGGCGACGAGAUCGAGAAGUACUUUAAUUGAAAUUAUACAACGUGUGCAAACUGGAUGAUACAUGGACCGUUGCGGUAUAUGGCCACUUAAAAAUCGCUUAAAAUGUAAUUAAGUUAAUGUCGGUGGCACGCUUGGGUGGCGGAGGACGAGUAAUGGCGUAAUUAAAAUGGACUACAUCAAGCUGCAUCAUCUGUGGCGGCCGCUGGCGGCGAUCACCACCGACAAGAUGGGCGGCUACGACCAACCGCAUCGAUCGUUAAUCGUCGGAUCCAGCCACCACCGCAACGAUCUCGACCUGCACAAUAACGAUGCCAAUGAGGUGCGUUUCGCCAGCACGCUGACGACGCGCACCACCGAUGCGACAACUUCCGGUGCGGCGUCGAGUUUUCUCGCCAGCACGACCACAGCGGCGAGUGGGAUGCUAGGUGAGCUGGACGAUGAGCUAUGGCAGAAGAUUCUCUACUCGAUGGAGAGCAACAACAUGUUGCUCGACCACAACGAAUCGCAGCAAUUUGCGCGCGCGGAGAGCGCCAGUGAGCUAUCGUAUUUCGGUUACUAUGACAGCCUGAAUAACAGCCGCAAUGGGUCGGGCAACGGGUCGCUCUUCACCGAAGAGUUCCCCUGGGAGAUGGUGCCGAUGAUUGGAACUGCGGUCGUGUUGGGAUUAUUAAUUUUGGCGACGGUUAUUGGGAAUGUUUUUGUGAUUGCGGCGAUUUUGUUGGAAAGGAAUCUGCAAAACGUCGCCAACUAUUUGAUUCUAUCACUGGCGGUGGCUGACCUGCUUGUUGCAUGCCUGGUGAUGCCCUUGGGGGCGGUCUACGAGGUGAGCCACGAGUGGACGCUCGGCCCCGAACUCUGCGACAUGUGGACGUCCAGCGAUGUGCUCUGCUGCACCGCAUCGAUAUUGCAUCUCGUUGCCAUCGCGCUCGACAGAUACUGGGCAGUAACAAACAUAGACUAUAUUCAUCACCGCACAGCAAAACGCAUUGGUAUAAUGAUCCUGAUUGUAUGGUGUGUUGCCUUCCUUGUGUGUAUUGCACCACUACUCGGCUGGAAAGACCCAGGCUGGAGUCAACGCAUCGAAGAUAACAAGUGCAUCGUUAGCCAGGACAUCAGCUAUCAAAUAUUCGCAACUGCGAGCUCCUUCUAUCUUCCACUGAUGGUUAUACUUAUACUCUACUGGCGUAUAUUCCAAACAGCACGCAAACGCAUCCGCCGUCGACAGAUUCUGACGCAAGCGGCUGAGACUAAGGAUAAUCCCGCGAUGUGCGGUAUUGCGGGUGGCCUAGCUGGGGCGAGCGCGUCUGGUGGCAUAGCUGCAGCUGUGGUGACAAUUAUCGGCCGACCAUUGCCGACUAUUUCCGAAACAACAACCACUGCGUUCACAAAUGUUUCUUCGAAUAAUACAAGUCCAGAAAAAGCUUCCUGCGCUAAUGGUUUAGACGAUCCACCUACAACUACAGACGGGGAUAAUCCUUACCCAGGUGGGCCGCAACACGUAGUCAAAAGAAAAAGUAAUAAAUAUUCAGCGGAUUCAAAGCGUGAGCGCAAAGCGGCGAAAACCCUGGCGAUUAUCACAGGUGCAUUCGUCAUUUGCUGGUUACCAUUCUUUGUAAUGGCUGUACUCCUACCAAUUUAUAAAGAUCUCUUUGAGGAGUAUGUUAUCUCACUGUUUUUAUGGCUGGGAUACUUUAACUCCACGCUGAAUCCGAUUAUUUACACGAUAUUUAGUCCGGAGUUUCGCCAUGCGUUUAAAAAGAUUCUUUUCGGAAGGAAUUACGCACGUAGGAGGCAGAAACAGUUUAAUAUCAAGCACUUCCAAUGAUGUCGGCAGAGUGACGUCUUGUCGCCGGAGCCGCCGCUGUCGGCGCGGCUCGCCGUCAACGUCGCCGUGACGGCUGUCGUGUCGGGGCCGCGUAAUGUCACCUUCAAGUGCGACUGAUCCGAGGACAAGAGGUCACGCUACCUGGUCGUGCCCAGCAACAUUGACUGCGAUCCAACCAGCAGCUGCAUGGAUACAGAGAUUACGGAAGUGAUGGUUCCCACGCAUGCGCAGAACAAACGAGUUACUUUCGAGAUGAAAGAAUUUACGUGAUAAAAAUUGAUGUGUAAUGUGAAAAUUCAAAAAAAAAAACGCAGAACAAUCAAUACAACAUUUAACCUUAAAUGAUUUUAGGUUAGGUUAUAGGUUAUAGCAAUAAUUGAUGUGGAUACAAGUGUGUAUAUAAUAUCAUACCAUUUGUAGAAUAUUCAGUUGAAAUGUAGGCAACACACAUUACAUAUUACAUCGUAUUGUAAAUAACCUUAAUAUGCAAACUGACCAAAACUAAUGAAAAAUAAUUUGAAUAUUCAUACUCCAAAUUACCACGUGUGAUAUUAAUAUUUGUACAUAUUACAUAUGUGUAUACAGGGUGUUCCGCCCCUUAAAAUUCAAGAAAUGACUUAAAAACUUAAUCCACCAUCAAAAAAAACAAGAUUUUAAAAUAAUGUUGCGUAAAUAAAAUAAUUAAAUCAAUUUUUAAACAAAUGUUAAUGGAAUAAAGAAAUCUAAAUGUGGUUUAAUCCUACAAGUCUAUAAAUACCGCAAACAAACGUCUUGGAUGUGAUCUACAAUCAUUAUCUGACUUAAAUAAUUGUUGCAUCUGCAGAUCUACACAAAAUGUGAUGUUAAAUUAAGUGAUUAUGUUAGUAUCUAAUGUGUAUUUUAUUUGUUUAUUUGUUUGUUCAUUUCGGAAUGCACUUUCAAUUGUUAUGGUAACGUAUAAGCAAAAAAUGCGAAUUAUAAAAUGCUGUGAUCGAAUCGAUUCAUAAGAAUAUUUUUGUAUCGCAUCUUAAUUAUUCUAUUGGUUAAUUGGCAAUGGAUGAACAGGGUGUUUGUGAUUGAAUAUUUCAUAAUUUUUAUUUUUAUUUUUGUGCAUAAGAAAUGUUCCAAUCUUGAAAAUGUAUAAAUGUCACAUAACCACAGUGUAUAUAAUCAGGAGUAGGUGUGUAUCUCGAAUAUGAAAGAGGAAAAUGUACUGCUUGAGCCCGUAGUGCAUUUUACUGUUUUCAUGUCGCCUUAACGAAAGACUCAUCGUGUAAAUUAUGAAGCGCAUUAUACGAGUGGUAGUGGUGGAGUAGGUAAUGUUCCCGUUGUAAAAUAAAUCUCACACGCAUCAGUUUCUGUGUAAUAUACAUGUGAAUACACUCCCGUAGGUAGUAGAUUAUAAAUAUUUAUGAUGUUUGUAAAUUUCAAAGAAAUGUAUGUUUAAUACCUGAUGUACUUACCGAACAAUGUAAAUCGCAUUCAUUAUAUUAAUAAAUUAUAAUAAUAAAUGUAUUUUUCAUAUAAAAA